CUGUAGUCACAGUUGAUUUGAACUUGGCCCAUGCUGGUAGCUGCCAGCCAGCCCAGAACAGGACAAGACAGUGUAGUCGAGAUGGUAAUCACGGCAUCUCCCUGAGGAGACCCCAGGAUGUGAGGUGGUCCCAGGAGAACAAUCAUCAUGGAAACGAAGUGGAAACUGACCAGUGGACUCAGACACCACUCGGUGCCAACAGUAGGGGGAUAGAACAGACAGAGCUAACUUUGGGGACCAGGGAGGAGAGUCACGGCCGACCUGCAGUUCUGAACAGGAACCCCAACCAGACCUGGUUCACAUCCUCCCUGUCCUUCAGACUCUCCUCUCAACACAGCAAGAAAUACGACCUGGAAAAACUAGAGUCCACAGCUCAGAGGGAACACUCUCUACACAGUUCUCAGGGACCUGUAAGGGAUGCACCUAUAGCUCAAGCACAGGUGAAAAGAGAAGUCUCACCAUCAUAUUAUUUUUUACCAGCCAAUUGCCCUUCAGAGGAAGAGGAAGUGACAUCGCUUCCUUUUAAAGAGGAAGAGGAUUCCAAGACAGCCAUGUUGUCCUCCACGCUGGUGUCGGUUCUCGCCCCACAGUGGAGUGGGAGAAUACGCAGGAACAAGCGGGGCAUGGCCGGUACGGACAUUGGUGUGUUUGGCACGGCAACCAGUGAGUCUGGACAGGAAACCCAAGGUAACGGUCAGGAAGUGAGCGAGGGGGGUGUGCUUUUGAAGCCGCAAGUCCCUCUCGAGACAGACUCUAUAGGACAACGACGACAACAACAGUUUCUGGAGACCCAGAACCAACGUGUUGGGGAGAGGGGGUUGACCCUUGGAUCACAAGUCCAUGAGAGGGCUUCAACACUGGGUAGCAGCAGAAGCACAGUGGGGGGCUGGUAUGAGGGAAGCACCCCCAGCCUCAAACUGGACAACCCAACAAAGGCCCCAGUUUCUAAGCCUGUCUCUCUGGAUGUGAGUUGGGGGAGGCUGGCCAACAGAGGCGGAGAGGGGGGAGCUGUUUCCCCUGUUACUCCCAGCUCUCCCCUCUCUCCCGACCUGCAUGUACACAAGGGAAUGUUACAGGCAAGUCGUCAAGGAGCCCAGACAUCAUUGCUGAGUUCAAAACCAACAACCAGUAGCCUUCUUUUCUCUCUGAGAAGGCUCAACACUAUUGCGAGCUCUAUCCACUCAGAGACAAAUAUCUCAUCUCUAACCAAUGACAGAGAUGGAGAGACUUCAAGUCCACACCUCUCUCCAACCACAACCAAUUACAAAGCAUCAGAGGCAAUUAGGGCACACCUUUCCUUAACCUCAUCCAAUGAUGGAGCCAGAGAGAGGUCCAAGUUCCUCCCCUAUUCAGCUGAUCCCACUUACAGGACAAUAGAGAGGUCAAGGCACCUCCCCUUACCAACUUCCAAUCACAGAGAAGCAAAUACACACAGGACACAACUAUUUUCAACCUCGCCCAAUUACAAAGACACAGAGGGCACACCCUUUACCAAACUUCCCCAGACUUCCAGGGCGUAUCCCAACCCAACCUUCCCCAGUAAGCAGACUCUUCUGUUUAGUGGUCUAGAGAGACUUUCCCCCUCAGAGAGACCAGAUGGAACCACGGUUCCCAUCAGUGAUACUCAUCUACCUUCCUCUCCACCGUCCCAAUAUGACCACCUGGAUUUUCAUGGGAGCCAGUCUCUUCCCAGAGGAACCACCCUGAGAUCUACUAGCUGGAGAAAGCACAUUACUCUGGAGGACAGUGUGUCUAAUCCCAGUUCCCCCCUCAGUCCCACUACCACCACCACUAUCAACAACAACAACAACACAUUCAGCCUCUCAAGCACUUCCAGCAAUAAUAACACGGGCCCCUCUAGCAUCAAUGAUAACACUGGUGUCAAUCCCCAAAUCAGCAUCAAUAACAACAAUAAUUUAGUCACCCCCAACAAUACCAACCUAAACAGCAAUACUGUCACUGGCAAACACUCACCUCAGAGCACCCUUAAAAGGACUUAUGUUCAAGAUAUCCCAGACCAGGAUUCCUAUAGAAUACUCAAAACUCAGAAUUCCCUUAACUCGAAUGACCGACAAUCACAAAAGCCCUAUUGUUUGUCCAAUAUCUCCUUCAGGUCUAACACCAAUAGCCCAGCGAGCUCGAGCACUUUGAGUAGCCCAAUAAAGUCCAGCAAGCCUGAUCGCUACAGUAGGCAAUGUAGUUAUGACACCAUCUACACCCCUCUGACCGUAUUUAGCCCCAAGACUCCAACCAGCUCUGAAACCAGUGACACUCCAUCCUCCCUCAGUAGUCAUAGAACCCUUUAUUUGUCCCAUUCCCUGAACCCCUCUUCCAGACAGCUCUCCUUACAAACCAGUAUCGCCUCCACAUCUCUCAGUAGCCACAGACCCCUCUAUAGUUCCCGCUCACUCAAUACCACCAGCUCUAUGAGACGAGACCCCCAAAACAGCCCAAAAUCUCCACCCCCAGUCGUCAGAAGCCAGAUUCCCAUAGUGAGUAACACCCACACCCCCACAUCCCAACUGCAGUCCCCUAAAACUGCUUACACGCCUACCACAACUCCCCAACCACUCCUACUUAAAACCGGCUACGUCCCCAUUAUCCCGACCCGCUACACCCGACCGCUGUCCCCAGACAGUUAUACCCCCAUAUCCCUGAGUAUCCCCACCACCCAGGCCCCCUCCACCCUGCCCCUCUCCCCACCCAGCUCGUCCCCUCUGGUGGAAAGGACAUUCAUAGGCAGCCUAGACCUCUCCCCUAAGAAACACCAGCCCCAAGUGGAAGGGAGGGUAACAGCACAUAGAGCAUGGCAGGAGUCACAACUAAGGCUGUCACAGUCUCAUUCACCUCAGAGACCUCUGUCCCCAACCAGACCCCUCCGUAGUGUAGAGGGUCCCGCCAUCUUCUCCUCCCUGAGAUCGGGCAGCCCAACCUGGGCUACGUCACCUUUGUCUCCCCCAACCCCCAGGACCACCAAACUACAAGUUUGGAGGGGAACCUCGAUGCAUAACUUAUCCAUAAUAUCUGAUACAUUGGUGAAGGAGGGAGGGCAAGCUCUCUCAGAGCAUGUUAGCGACCACACUUCAAACGUCACAUUCAAACACACAGGAACCGACUCAACCGUAAUAGGACCACAGAGGAAGACCGCUGCCCCUCUCUCCCUUCCAGAUUUUGGGAGCUUUUCCAAGCCACGAUUUAGCUCCCCGCCCUAUUCCACACUCAAGUCUUCACGCCCAACACAGGGUGAGGUCACACACACAACAUCACACCAACCCCUUCUCUCACCCCCUACCUCACCCCAACACUACCCCUUCUACGGCCAUCACAGGGCUAGGUCACAGGACAGUUCAAAGAUUGUUGCCUUGGAAAUUGAUUGUGUCAACAACAACUCCAAACAGACCAGUCAAGAAAAUGUUGAGACACUUGUGUACAGGAUUUCUAAAGUUGAUUCCUCUGCCAUAUUGGACAGUAUUAGGCCUGCACAGGCCUGUUUUCCUCGACACACACCAGACACGCGAGUCGUCACAGGGAUAAAGUCCAAUGAACUCUGCCGUCUACCUUCACAACACAGCCAGGUGAUUGGAAGUCCCAGCUGUCAAUCAUACCAAAGCUCCAAUGACAGUGGAGCAUUAGACAUUGAGAAGGUUGUGUGUAAAAGUGAGAGUUUCCCUAAGAGUGCAGCGGCUUCAUUACAAACCCAGAGCCCAAAGAAAGGCUUAUUCUCACUGAGAGGUAAGAGAGACAAUGUUGUUGGUACGCCUGCUGCCAAUAUCCCUAGAAACCCAGCGAUGCCUCAGUCUGAGAAACCAAAGAAAGAGUCAGAGAAGGAGCAAAAGGAAAAUAACAAAAUAGACCUGGUGCUGAGUCGACUCCGGCAGACCUUCAGAGUCAAACGUCUCGAUGACGAGAGGACGAAGAGAACACCCCAGCCUCCUCCUGUCAAAGGAGCCAGUGACAUUAGUGAUGUCACUGAGAGUAGUGGUUCUAGCAAUCGAGAAGAGGAGGAAAAAUGGAGGGAGAAUGAUGGCGUACACAAACCUUUAAACUCUUUCUGGGCUGGCAGUGAGCACACGUCAGAUAUGACGAAGGAAAAUGUUAGGCGUGAACACUCACAGUUUGAGGGUUUUAAAGACCAUAGAGAGGCUAGAAACAGAGACCAGCCUUGUGUUAUGGAUCUUCCUCAAUUUGAGGCUUACAAGGACGAAAGGAUCACUAAACCCAAACACCAACCUUCUAGUAGCGAGAUCAGCCCAACAAGGCGGCAGUUUGAAGCUUACAAAGAGAAGAGGAUCAGUAGAGCCAGAAUGCAACCUCCUCAGAGAGACUUCAGCUCCGUUAUGCGUCAACCCUGGGACCCCAGCCGCUCUGCAACCCUCCCUGCCUACAGAACCUCCUCAGGCAGCACCAGAAACACUUUCUCUGUCUUCCACUUCAGCCAGAUGGACUCUGAGAACGAUAACGUGUUCCACAUUCCCAGGAUUCCUCAGAGGAAGAAGACCACCUCUCUCUGUGAGCCAGGGGACAGGGAGUACGGUUCCGGUGAUCAGCGUGGCAGUGAGGGACGUCUGGCAUCCUUCUCCUCCUGUGCUGAUCUCAAAUACGGUCUUGAGGCUGGGCGUUCCUUCUCUGUGACUUCUGUGCUCUCCAGCCGACCUUCGGGUCCUGGACGCAUCUCCUCAGGCCCUAGGGUCAGCAGUGUAGAGGUCAUGACUUGGGAUGACUGUAGGGUCAAAGGUGAUUGGACAAUACCAAGGUGGGACACACACACAACCACUGGCCACAAAACCACAGGUGACAGCCAAGCUGUAAAUGACUGGUCUGUCGUUAGUGACAGGACAUCCAGAAAUGAGCGCAAAACAAUCCAAGCUAAUUUUAUAAAUCCACACAAGGCUAGAUCCAAAUCCCUACCCAGAAAUGUGUCCUGGAGUUCAGAGGUCACCGCCCCAUCUCCAACCUCUACAACUACUGGCCGCAUGUGGAACCAUGGCAGCCUGGAGACCUCUCACUCCCUGUGGGAUACAGAGGGUCCUCCAACCCCCCCUCCGUCCCCUCCCUGGUCCCCAGCCUCCAGACGCAUAUCUCGCCCUCCCAGCUCCUCCUCCUCUGCCUCACCCUCCCCCACAGACAGCAGGGCGUCACAGGACAGCCUGUCCCCUAGGGGGCGCCUACCCUCCAGGGGCUACGUCUCCAACCUGGCAGUCUUCGAGGAGUCCGACGCAAUCUUCGAGGAGUCCGACUCCAGGGGCUACGUCUCCAACCUGGCAGUCUUCGAGGAGUCCGACUCAGGCUCUGACAUGGACUCUGACACAACCACAGAUGAUGAAUACUACCUGGCAGGUGAUGGCGGCGAGAAGGAGACUGAACUGUGAGAAGAAAUACUGUAUGGGAUGCAUCUCAAUAGUCUAAACUGGAUCUGUCUGUCUCCUUUUGGUCUCCUUAUAUAGAAAGGAUACUUAUUUACACACCUAUUUAUGCUCACUAAAAACAGACUUGUUAAGUGUGCAUGGCUCUGGGCCUCCCGAGUGGCGCAGUGGUCUAAGGCACUGCAUCGCGGUGCUAGCUGUGCCACUAGAGAACCUGGUUCGAGUCCAGGCUCUGUCGCACCUGUCCGCGACCGAGAGACCCAUGACACGGUGCACAAUUGGCCCAGCGUGGUCUGGGUUAGGGGAGGGUUUGACAUGCAGGGAUGUUCCUGUCCCAUCGUGCACUAGCGACUCCUGUGGUGAGCCGGGCGCAGUGCACGCUGUCACAGUCUCCAGGUGUACGGUGUACGGCGCUUCCUCCGACACAUUGGUGCUUCUGGGUUAAGCGGGCAUUGUGUCAAGAAGCAGUGUCGGCUUGGCUGGGUUGUGUUUCAGGGGACGCUUGAGUUGCAGCGAUGGGACGAGCCUGUAACUACCAAUUGAAUACCACGAAAUUGGGGCGAAAAAGGGGUAAAAUAAUUAAAUUAAAUAAAAAGCGCAUGGCUGACAGUAAAGAAGUCAGCACUAUCAGAUCACAGGUUAAUGUCAUGCUCUUAUCCUGGGAUCCAAAGAGCAGCCCACAUGAACUCUACACCAUAUCCAAGAUCAUGGCACUCUGUUUUUUUGUCAUGUCACAGGUUGCUUGGAUACUUGACUUUCUCAUGUCUGAUAUUUGUUUAGUUAUCAGUGGGAAGUGUACUGUAUAUAAUAUAUAUAAUAUAAUAAUAAUAUAAUAAUAUACUGUAUAUGCUAGGUUAAAGGUAUUUAUGAACAAAGAGCUCUAGCUAUAAAGCUCUCCUAUCCUGUUUUAUUACUUCUGCAGCUGUUCUAACCAUGGCCUUUAUUCACAAAGUGUAUCAGAGUUGGAGUGCUGGUCUAGGAUCAGGUCCCCCCUCUACAUAUGAUCAUAUUCAUUGUGAUCUGAAGCCAAAACUGAUCUUAGGUGAGCACUCCUAAACUAAGACUCCUUGUGAAUACUGACCCUGUUGUGGUAGAGACCUGUACCCGGUGAGAGGUAUACCUACCACACUCAGUUUGGCUGGGGUCACAUUUCAUUGUCAAGUGCUGGCUAUCAAUAUGCUUAAGCUAGCAUGCUAUAUGAUAUGCAAGAUAAAUAUCUUUGAAUGUUUUAAUUCUCAUGGAAAUCAGUAUUUUUCUAUUUUGGUUGUCUUGGAAGGUUUUCCUGAAAUGCAUAUGUGUGCAUUAUAAACAGAUGAUUGUUAUAAAAUAUUUGUGAAUUACUUUUUGUGCAAUUCAACAGUUGUUUUUGGAUCAAGAAUAUGGUAAAUAUAUUUUGAAUUAACAAUAAACUAGUUCUAAUUCUG